AUGGCAGCAUUGAGCUGCAAAUUUCAUCCCACAACCUUUAAACACUGCAAAAGUUUCACAAAAAUCCCUUCCAUCUCUUGCUCUUUCCAGCCCUCUCAAAGCAGUAUUAAGGUAAUCAUAAAUGGAGCAGCUAAGGAAAUAGGUAGGGCAGCUGUGUUAGCAGUAACAAAGGCAAGAGGAAUGGAAGUGGCUGGUGCAGUUGAUUCAUACCUAAUUGGAGAAGAUAUAGGAAAGGUCUGUAACAUGGAAGAGGCUUUGGAAAUUCCCAUAAUAAAUGAUCUGACCAUGGUCUUAGGUUCCAUAUCCCAGAGUAAAGCAACUACAGUUGUUGUGGAUUUCACUGACCCUUCAACGGUUUAUGACAAUGUUAAACAGGCAACAGCUUUUGGAAUGAACAGUGUGGUUUAUGUGCCUCGUGUCAAAAUGGAGACAGUUUCUGCAUUAUCUGCAUUUUGCGAGAAAGCCAGCAUGGGUUGUCUGGUAGCACCAACUCUUUCAAUAGGAUCAAUACUUCUGCAGCAAGCUGCAAUUUCAGCUUCAUUUCAUUACAAUAAUGUGGAGAUUGUUGAAUCAAGGGCAACUGCAGGGGAUUUUCCUUCACAGGAUGCAAUGCAAAUAGCAAACAAUAUUUCUAACCUUGGUCAGAUAUACAAUAGAGAUGAUGUUUCAACAGAUAUUCUGGCAAGGGGUCAAGUUUUGGGGGAAGAUGGAGUAAGAGUGCACAGCAUGGUUCUUCCUGGCCUCCCAUCUAGUACGACUGUCUUCUUUUCCCGGCCAGGAGAGGUUUACACCCUGAAACACGAUGUCACGGAUGUUCAGUGUCUCAUGCCAGGCCUAAUUCUGGCCAUCAGAAAAGUUGUGCGACUCAAGAAUCUGGUGUAUGGCCUGGAGAAAUUUUUGUAG